GUGCCUUAUCCUGAUCCACGCGCUGGCCGAAGUAUGUCGCACAGUUCCGUUGACCAUGGUGCCAACAUGGCAUAUGGGGCACAUCUCGCCAACGAUGAUAAUCCAUACCAUCCUUUUAAUUCUCAGAUCAAAUGGGAGGUUGCAAGAUGGGUGAAAGUUUGCGGAGCAACGUCUACAGCAUUUACGGACCUGCUCUCCAUUGAUGGAGUUAGUGAACAUUUAGGGUUGUCAUUCAAGAACACCAAUGAACUGAACAAGAUUAUCGACCAUGAACUUCCAACUGGACGCCCCAAGUUCCAACAGGAGCAGGUUGUCAUCGCAGGAGAAUCAUUUGAUGUGUAUUACUGCGACAUCAUUGAAUGCAUAAAGUCACUGUACGGUGAUCCCAACUUCGCAAGAUACCUUACGUUUGCACCAGAGCGCCAUUACACUGACAAAGAUCAGACUGUCCAUCUGUUUCAUGACAUGCAUACCGGAAAGUGGUGGUGGAACAUGCAGGUAAGAACUCUUAAUCAUUGUCUGGGUGGGACCAUCAUUCCGAUUAUCAUCUCGACAGACAAAAUGCAAGUCACUAUGUUUCGCAACAAGUCUGCAUACCUGGUGUAUCUCACCAUUGGUAAUAUCCCGAAGGAAAUUCGUCGCAAACCUUCGCAUGGUGCUCACAUUCUUCUGGCCUAUCUACCAACUACUCGUCUUGAACACAUCGCCAACAAGGCUUCAUGCCGUCAGUCUAUCGCCAACCUAUAUCACGCUUGCCUGAGUCAUGUGCUUGCUCCUUUGGAACAUGCUGGAUUAGAGGGCAUCAAUAUGUGCACUGGAGAUGGUGCUCUUUGCCGCUGCCACCCUUUAUUUGCGAGUUUUGUCGGUGAUUAUCCAGAGCAACUUCUCGCGACAGGAAUCAAGUUCAGCGACUGCCCGAAAUGUGAUGUUGAGAAGGAUGACACGGAAAGCAAUACAGUACAACUUCACCUUCGAAAAAUAGGUGAGGUGCUGGAUGCACUCGCGGCACUUGAUCAAGGAAAUCUUGCCUUUGUUCGCGCAUGUGCCGCAGUAGGAAUCAAACCUGUGAUACAUCCUUUCUGGGAGAAACUCCCGUUUGUGAACAUUUUUCAGAGUGUCACGCCUGAUGUGUUGCAUCAGCUAUAUCAGGGCUUGGUGAAACACCUUUUGGCAUGGUUAGAGGCCGCUUGUGGAGCCACGGAAAUCAAUGCUCAUUGUCGAUGGCUUCCUCCCAACCAUCACAUUCGAUUAUUCACUAAAGGUAUCACCACCUUAUCGUGUGUAAGCGGCACCGAACAUGCACAGAUAUGCCGCUUCCUCCUCGGCAUCAUAAUUGACAUUCGUCUGCCCAACAAUCUCAAUUCAGGUCGCCUUCUACGAGCUGUGCGGGGGCUACUUGACUUCGUGUACCUUGCGCAAUACCCUUGCCAUGGCACUGAGACCCUUCAAUUACUGGACGAGGCGCUAGACCUUUUUCAUGAGAACAAGCUCAUUUUUGUCGAUCUUGGGAUUCGAACCAAUUUUAACCUACCGAAGUUGCAUGCUGCUUGUCACUAUCCUCGGAUGAUCAUGCAGUUCGGCUCAACUGACAAUUAUAACACAGAGUACACAGAACAGCUCCAUAUUGACCUGGCGAAA